AGGCUGAAAGUGCAUGGGCAUUGUUUCAUCCACCUUGAACACAAACGACAAUCACCAAAAACAAUGUCUCUCUCCGCACACGAUAAGGAACUCAUUGGCAAGGUCUGGACGAAGAUCUCCCCCAAGGCUGCUCAGAUCGGCGGUGAUGCUCUGGGAAGGUUGAUCGUUGUCUUUCCCCAGACCAAGAUUUACUUUUCGCACUUCGCGGAUCUCUCCCCCUCUUCUCCCCAGAUCAAGGCUCACGGUGCCAAGGUCCUCGGCGCAAUAGGUGAAGCAGUCAGCGGCAUUGACAAUGUGAGCGCCAGCCUGAGCAAACUCAGCGAGCUCCACGCUUACAACCUCAGAGUAGAUCCAGUCAACUUCAAGCUUUUGGCUCACACCCUGUUGGUUUCCCUGUCUGCUACUCUGGGCGCUGAAUUCACUCCUGAAAUCCACCUCGCUUGGGACAAGUUCCUUGCCAUCGUCGCCGCCGUCCUGUCUGAGAAAUACCGAUAGAUCUUUACAGGGGCGUGGAAGGGGAAGCCUGCGCGCGCGCUGUCCCGGAUAGAACGCUUACACCAAUAGACUGAUAGCAGUUAACAACCUUAUGCUGUUUUGUCUGUACAUGUUAUUUGUUGUGCAUGCACUCCCCUGAUUUUUUCUCAAUAAAAACUAAAUACAAUGAAA